UUUGUUCUUCAUUUCUUGUGUUAAACUCAUGGAUUAAUGUUGAUACGGUUAGGAAGUAUUUCAUGUAUUUAUAUGAUGUACACGCAAAACAAGACCAACCAGAGGAAGCCACUUAAGGAAGAAGCAGCUUCUUCAGUGUGAGAGAGUGGUAUUUCUGGCCCUGUGAGGCUUCAUGGCUACAACAUUUGGUGCAGUCAAGUUCUGCUUAGUUGUUCUGUGCCUCUGGAACUUUCUACCUCCUUGUCAAGGUAAGCUGAACUGGCAUGAAUAUGGGUACCCUUUUAUUAAAAAGGCAAGCUCAUUUUCAUCACCAUCAAUUUCAACUACCUCCCUCAAUAAUGCUUAUGACUACAUAAUACUGGGGGGUGGCACAGCAGGGUGUCCCUUGGCUGCAACACUCUCUCAAAACUUCAGUGUCCUGUUGCUUGAGAGAGGGGGGGUCCCUUUCAGCAACCCCAAUGUUACAUUUCUAUCAAAUUUCCACAUUACCUUGGCAGACACUUCACCAAGUUCAGCUUCCCAAUACUUCAUCUCAACAGAUGGAGUUUUAAAUGCAAGGGCAAGGGUUCUGGGUGGUGGCAGUUCUAUCAAUGCUGGCUUCUAUACCAGAGCAAGCACAAGGUUUAUAGAGAAGGUGGGGUGGGAUGCAAAGCUAGUAAAUGAGUCAUAUCCAUGGGUUGAGAAGCAAAUUGUACACCGUCCAAAAUUCUCAGGUUAUCAGAGAGCAGUGAGGGAGAGUCUUCUAGACUCUGGUGUGUCUCCUUUUAAUGGCUUCACCUAUGAUCAUAUCUAUGGAACCAAGGUUGGUGGAACCAUUUUCGACAGAUUCGGCCGCCGCCACACUGCUGCUGAACUUCUUGCUACUGCCAACCCUGACAAACUCACUGUUCUAAUCUAUGCCACUGUCCAAAAGAUUGUUUUUGACACAAAAGGAGAAAAACCAAGAGCUGUGGGGGUGAUUUUCCAGGAUGAAAAUGGGAAGCAGCAUGAGGCAGUUCUGGGGAAUGAUAAGCAUAGUGAGGUGAUAGUGUCUACUGGGGCACUUGGGACUCCUCAAAUGCUGAUGCUUAGUGGAAUUGGGCCAAAAGCUGAACUCCAGAAGUUGAACAUCUCAGUGGUUCUUGACAAUCCAUUUGUUGGGAAGGGAAUGGUGGAUAAUCCCAUGAAUACAAUUUAUGUUCCUUCUAAUAGGCCUGUUAAGCAGUCACUCAUACAAACUGUGGGUAUCACCAAAAAGGGUGUGUUCAUAGAGGCUAGCAGUGGGUUUAGUCAGUCCAACAGUAGCAUUCACUGCCACCAUGGUAUCUUGUCAGCUGAGAUUGGACAACUCUCCACAAUUCCUCCCAAGCAAAGAUCAAUAGAAGCUGUUAAAGCUUUUAUCAAGAACAAGCGAGACGUACCAAUUGAAGCAUUCAGGGGUGGUUUCAUCUUGUCAAAAGUUGCCAAUGCUUGGUCAGUAGGAGAUCUCAAGUUGGUCAACACCAAUGUGGAAGACAACCCUGCAGUCACCUUCAACUACUUCAGCCACCCCUAUGAUCUUCAGCGAUGCGUGGAGGGGAUCCGCUUGGUGAUUAAGGUAGUCCAGUCAGAACACUUCACUAACUACACUAAGUGUAAGAGAAAAACCACAGAGGAUCUUCUUGACCUUUCUUUGAAGGCUAAUGUCAACCUCAUCCCCAAGCAUGCCAAUGACACAAAGUCACUAGAGCAGUUCUGCAAAGACACUGUGAUCACCAUUUGGCACUACCAUGGUGGGUGCCAUGUGGGCAAGGUGGUUAGCCCUGAACAUAUGGUUCUUGGUGUUGAAAGACUCCGCGUUGUAGAUGGAUCGACAUUUUCUGAAUCGCCAGGAACAAAUCCUCAAGCCACUGUGAUGAUGAUGGGAAGGUACAUGGGAGUGAAGAUUUUGAGACACAGGUUGGGGAAAUUGGCUGGUAUAUAAGGAGGAAUUGCUGUAUGAAGAUAAUUUCAACUUAUAAAAGUUGAGAAAAAAAGGUGUUAGUUGUAGGAUUUUUAAUGAUGUAAGUUUAUAUGGUUGUAUUUCUAGUAAGGAGUGAUUGUUAGUAAAAAUGUUGGCGUUUUGAGGAAGAAAAAGUUACUGAGACAACUUGGUUUAACAAUUUAUUUAUUUAUUUUUUGGUCUCCAGGGAGAAAGAGGAAAAGUCAUUUGAGGUUUUUAAAAUGUAAAAAGAAAUGUGUGGAUUGAAUGUGUCAUAACGGUAUACCAGUGUUUGGAAAACCGUCAGAUUUCUACGUUUGAAGAAGUGAGUUUGGGAUAAGCUAUUAGAAGGAACUUUUGUGGCAAGAAAAGUGAUUAUGUGAGGAUUAAAAGUAAAUCCAAACAUAAUAUAUAUAAAUAUAUAUGUCCUGUUAGCUA